AUGGCCAGAGACGAUGCCGAAUCAUCCAAAAAGGAUGGCGAAAGAGUCGGGGCUAAUUCGCCAUACUAUCUUCAUGCCGCAGACUACCCCAAACAGAUGCAGGUGAAUGAUGCUCUUACCGAUAGCAAUUACAAUGAUUGGGUUCAAGAGAUGAGAAAUUUCCUGUUUGCUAAAAACAAAAUUGAUUUCGUUGAUGGAACCAUUCCCAAACCCAUUGAUGCUUCCGCUAACUAUAUGCCAUUGAUGAGAUGUGAUGCUAUGGUAAAGGGAUGGUUGACUACCACAAUGGAGAAGGACAUCAGAUCAAGUGUCAAAUACGCAAACACUGUUGCGGAAAUAUGGGCUGAUCUAGAAGAGCAGUUUGGAAAGGAAAGCGCACCCCGUGCCUACGAAUUGAAACAAACACUCAACAACACGUCUCAAGACGUUGCUUCUGUGUCAGCUUAUUACACACGAAUGAGGAGUUUACGGGAUAAAAUUCAAACCAUAUCGCCAAUACCUCGUUGCACGUGUGGAAAGUGUACCUGCGAUCUUGGCAAAAGACUGAGUGAAUCCAAUGAAAAGGAAAGGAUUUAUGACUUUUUAAUGGGUCUUGACAAUAUCUUCUCAACAAUAAAGACUCAAAUUCUUGCUUCCAAACCUACUCCUACACUAAGGACGGCUUAG